AUGGGGUCCUGGGCACCAGCCUUGAGUGUUCCACGGAGUCUUGUGGUCAAUCUGGUUGAUAAAAUUGUAGAACAACUGCAGCAUUUGGUUCAAGGUUAUGACCUCAGUGGACUGCGUGAAUACUGGGGCUACCUGGAUCGUCGCCUGUUCAGCAGACUGGAGGAUGCAUAUCGACACACAGUUAACAAGCUGAAAACCAGCUUGUACCGUUACUAUCUGAUCCAUACCAUCCAGUCUAAUAGGAUUGAUAAAACCCAGGAGUUCUUCCAGAAACAGGCCCUGGAAUUACAGAGCCAGCCAGAAUGGAAAGAAUGGUUUGUUCUUCCUUUUGUUCCGAAUCCGGAUCAGAACCUAGUGUUCGCCACGUACUUCUCCAAGCAAUGGGCAGAAACUUUCCUGGUCUCGCUGCACAACUUUCUAAGUGUGCUGUUCCAGUGUAUGCCUGUUCCUAUGUUGCUGAACUUUGAUGCAGAGGUCCAGAGAUGCUACCAACUACAGGAAGAAAAUGAAGUCUUAAGGCAGAAGUUGUUUGCUGCACAAGCCGAGCCAAGACUGAGGAAAGAAGAGGAGAUGAUUCACCACAAAUUGCCUCCUUACAUUCAGAACAUGGACCGACUGGGGGAUUCAGAACUAGAAUUGAUGUCCAGUCAGAGGACCUCGUCAGUGAUGUCAUCUCAGAGUAAAGCUGGCUCGUUUCUGUCAUUGUUGCUCCCACAAAGCAAGAAACCUUCAGGAAAAGGCCAGGUGUACCCAGGGCCUUCGCAGUCAUGUCAGAGUCCUGUGUUAUCUGGAAAGAGAGAUGGUGCCAAUAAUCAGACCACCAAGAAUAGAGAGACUUUGGCCCCCAAAGAGGGAAAGGUACUGGUGAACGUGGCUACUGACAUCACACUUCCGCAGCGACAGAGGAAGGUACAGGAUCAUGAGAAAGACCCAAACUUGGUGCAGCAGCGACAGAGGAAGGUGCUAAACCAUGAAAAAGAGCGAAAGGAGCUCUUAUCCAAACACACUACACAGGGUAUGGAGAAAAGCACUGAGCCUGGCUGCACUGAGAUGGAUAUUCCCAGCAGCCCUGAAAUGGCUGUGGAUCAACUUGACUCUCCAACAAAACUGAGCAAGUGUAGCCUGGAGCGCAAGACUGAGCAGCCUUUCAUAGUGCUGAGUCAGGAAGAAUAUGCAGAACAUCACUCCUCCAUCAUGUAUUGUGGGGUGGAUUGCUCUGGCAGGAGAGUUGCAAGUCUGGAUAUUGAUGGAGUGGUUAAAGUGUGGACAUUUAACCCCACAAUGCAGACUAAGGCCACCAUAAUGUCAAAAUCACAGCUGCUUUCCUUGGAAUGGGCUACCAAACCAGACAGAUUGUUAUUGCUUGGCAGUGGAGUUGGAACAGUUCGACUUUAUGAUACUGAAGCUAAGAAGAGUCUGUAUGAGUUGACAGUUGAUGAAUCUUACCCUAGAAUCUUGUCUCUAUCUUGUAGUCCGAGUGGUGCAUCAUUUGUUUCCUCCUCAGCUGCUCCGAGCACCAAAUUGGGGACAGUGGUUGAAACAGGAGAUAAGGGAGCUAACCUGGUUCCAGGUGAUCUCCUCUUAUGGGACACCAAAACAAUGAAGCAGCAGCAUCAGUUCUGUCUGGACCCUGAGCCCAUUGCCAUUAACUGUACAGCUUUCAACCAUAAUGGAAAUCUGCUGGUGACUGGAGCUGCUGAUGGCAUCAUCCGACUCUUUGACAUGCAGCGGUAUGACUGCGCCAUAAGCUGGAAUGCACAUUCUGGGGAAGUUUAUUCAGUUGAAUUCAGCUAUGAUGAAAACUCAGUUUACAGCAUCGGUGAAGAUGGAAAGUUUAUUCAAUGGAACAUCCAUAAGAGCGGAGUCAAGGUUUCUGAAUGCGAGAUGCAGUCAGAUGCUAUCGGCCCGUUUGUCCUGUCUGGGUACAGUGGGUACAAGCAAGUUCAGGUGCCCCGUGGAAGACUAUUUGCAUUUGAUUCAGAAGGGCACUAUGUACUCACUUGUUCCUCCUCCGGUGGAAUUAUUCACAAGCUGACAAAUUCAGAGCAAAUUUUGGAGCCUUGCCUGUCACUUGGAGGUCAUCGAGCACCAGUGGUCACUGUCGAUUGGUGCACUGCAAUGGAUUGUGGGACAUGCCUUACAGCAUCCAUGGAUGGGAGGGUUAAGCUGACAACUCUACUAGCCCAAAAAGCAUGAAUGGAAAACCGUUAAGACUGAAGCUACACUUUGGCUGACUGAUUGACAUUGCCUCAUUAGCAAGAUGCAGGGCAUUGCAAUACUGUGCUUCCAAUUCAAUCUGUGUAAAUAUGUGAAAGUUUCACUAACCAAAUGAUUCCAAUAUUUUGCUGCAUUCCCUCCAGUUACGUACCUCUCUAUUGUCUGGCUAACUACUUUUUAUAUGAAAGCCAUUUCUGUUAUAGUCUCAUUUUUAAAAUUUCACUUCAAGAACAGCAUAUUGUGGAUGACAGGGCCAGAGUUACUGUACUGUCUCAGCUUGAUUAUUUAAAUAUAUUGUGGCCUGGGCACCCCUUUAAUAGUAGCUGUCACCUCUUCUGUCACAAUAAUGGAACAUGUCCUCAGGAUGAGCAAAUGUGCUGCCUUUUAAACUCUUGUCACACUAUUGUGACAUGAGUUGUAUGUAAUGUUUUGUGGUUCUACCAUGUGCUGGCCAUUUUAGGACCCAAUUCAACCAUAGAUUCAUGGGCAAGAUCUUUGUUAGCUUUGCUAAUCUAAGAUGGAACAGUUGUUUGAUACAACACCUCAAUUUAGUGCCUUUGGUAGAAGGUUCAAUGUUGUCUAACAUCUUACUUCUGUGAUAUCGAUUACCAUCUAGUGGACUGUUUUUGCAUUUUUUGUUUGUGCACAAGAUCUGGGCAAACUAUAAGGUUUCAUGGUUAGGUAUGCUGCAGAUGCUCUCAAUAGCUUCAUGGUAACCUCAUGGGCUUGCAGGAUCAUACAUAAGAAGGAAACGUGAACAAAAUAAACCUGAUCCAGAAGUAUUCACAUUUUUAUUUGCAUGACUUUGUGAUAUAUGCCUCACUUUGUCUUAGUUGAGAAUUAAAGUGUAACAACCUGCUUGGA